GAAGGUUACUACAUGCUACAUAAUAUAAAGCUUCCUCGGCCCAUAUGUAUAUCCUUUCCUCUUUGUGAUAUCAUUCCUCAGUGCUUCCAUGAAACUGUAGUCCAGUUCCACCGUUUCCAGGUCUUCAUCAUGGAGAAGGACAACACCUACAUGCCGCCGGACUCUGGCAUCCACGCUUCUGAAGUCCCCCUCGAGGCGCUUCCAAAGACGAGAUGGCAACGCAGUUGGCCUGUCAUUGCUUGCGGCGCUGGACUGUUCUCUGAUGGAUACCUCCAAAGUGUCAUCGGUUCCGUGAACACCAUUCUCGCAGCUAUCUACGGCAAAGCUUUCACCAACUCUCCUCAACGCAAGAACAUCGCUUCGAUUGCAUUCGUCGGUACCGUCGUUGGCCAACUUGUUUUCGGUUUUCUCAGCGACUACUGGUCCCGCAAGCUCUCCCUCAUAAUCUCCACCAUCAUCAUGAUUGUCUUCUCCGCCCUCUCUGCAGGAGCAUAUGGCGCAGGAGGUUCCCUAGGAGGCAUGCUCGCAGCACUGACCGCAUACCGAUUUCUUGUCGGUAUUGGAAUAGGAGGAGAAUACCCAGCGGGAAGUGUCGCCGCCUCAGAAGGAACUGCAGAACUCAAGCCAGGGCACCGAAACCGCUGGUUUGUGUUCGCCACAAACUUCAUGAUCGACAUGGGUUUCGCGAUCGGGACGCUGGUUCCUAUGAUUGUCGUCUUGAUCACCUCCGAAAGGCACUUGAGAGUAGCAUGGCGCAUCUGCCUUGGUAUUGCUGUUAUUCCACCGAUCAUCUUGCUCGCGUUCCGCUCCCAGCUCAAGGAACCAGAGGAGUACAAUAGACAGAAGAUGAGCAAGUACCCUUAUGGUCUGAUCAUACGUUUUUACUGGAAACGACUUCUGAUUAUCUCGACCAUCUGGUUUAUUUAUGAUUUCCUCAGUUAUAGUUUUUCGAUUUAUUCGUCCUCAUGGCUGUUUUUCAUCAUCGGCGAUACGUACCCCCUUUGGGUAUCCUUCGGCUGGAGCACGCUCAUCAACGUCUUCUACAUCCCGGGUGCCUUCAUCGGCGCUUUCUUAAGUGAUUGGAUUGGACCGAAAAACUGCCUGAUUGCUGGGGUCUUAGCACAGGGUAUUGUAGGCUUUAUCAUGACGGGCAUUUACUCGUACCUUGAUACCGCUAAGCACGUUGCUGGAUUCGUUGUUGUUUAUGGUAUCUUCCUCGCCCUAGGCGAAGUUGGCCCAGGAGACAACAUCGGUCUGAUCGCCUCUAAAACCUCUGCAACGGCCGUCCGAGGUCAAUACUAUGGGAUCGCAGCGGCUACAGGGAAGAUCGGUGCCUUCGUCGGGACAUAUAUUUUCCCCUUCCUGAUCGCUGAUGCUGGAGGUGAUGUGAUUAAACAGGGACAAUACCCUUUCUAUCUCAGUUCGGCGCUUUGCAUUUUCUCUGCGAUUAUCAGUUUCUUGUUCUUGCCGACGAUUACACAGGACACGAUUGAGGCGGAGGAUGCGAGGUUCAGGAGCUAUCUUGAGGAGCGUGGGUACGAUACUAGCACCAUGGGAAGUAAAGAAUUUAGACAGGCAAAUGGUAUGGAAUGAUUGAUUUGUUGCGAGGUGGUGAGGGGGUGCUGGUGGGGGGACCGUCCGUUCCCCUCCCCUGCGGCCGGGUCGACCUUGGCCCUGGUUCUCGCUUGAUUUUAGCCAAUCAGGAAGCUGGAUUUCGACCUCAAAAAUAUCAAUUCUACCUUAUCUAUGAAAUACAUGAAAACAACCA